CAGGGGGGCGUGACGUCACGAAUGUGCGAAGGAGCAACAUGGCGGCGGAUUACUGGGAGCAGGAAAAAUCCUACACUCAGUCACGCUGAACCGAGCCAAAGACAAGCAGGGCGACGCCGGGACCGGGCCUCCCGGUGCGUCGUCCACGCUGGCUGCCCCGCCCCCCUCAGCUUCACGACCCCCCCUCAUGGAGAGGAUGAGGAAGAUCAAGCGGCAGUUGUCGCUCACCUUGGGGAGGGGAGGGGCUGGGGGAGGAGAGCGCACACUGAGCGACCACCAGGACAUUACAUCACACAGCGACUCAGAGGCUGGCACGCUUCGUCCCUCAUCGGGGGGAGUGAAGGUCAGAGGGUCAUCUUCAUCAGUUCAGUCUCUUUUCCAGUCGUAUAGCCGCCGGCCUCGAGGUCUCGGACGCAGUCUGAGCUCAUAUUUGAACCACAGCAGCCGGCUGGUAGAGAUCGUACAUGAGGACGUCAAGAUGAGCUCUGACGGAGAAAACGAGCCCACGUCGUCAUCCGAUGAUGUCCAGAGUCCAGUUCGAGUUCGACUGAGGACCAAGAAGAUUUCCACUGAGGACAUCAACAAACGUUUGUCCUUGCCUGCGGAUAUCCGUCUUCCAGACGGCUACCUGGAGAAGUGCAAUGUGAUUGGUCCAGCUCUCUUUGAACAGCCAAUUAGCAGGCGGUUGCGUAGAGUCUCUCUGUCAGAGAUUGGCUUUGGCAAACUGGAGACGUACAUCAAACUAGACAAACUGGGAGAGGGCACCUAUGCGACCGUGUACAAAGGCCGCAGUAAACUGACAGACAACUUGGUGGCUUUGAAGGAAAUUCGUCUGGAGCAUGAAGAAGGAGCUCCGUGUACGGCUAUCAGAGAAGUGUCUCUGCUGAAGGACCUGAAGCAUGCCAACAUUGUGACGCUUCAUGACAUCAUCCACACACAGAAGUCCCUCACACUGGUCUUUGAGUACCUGGACAAAGAUUUGAAACAAUAUCUGGACGACUGCGGCAACGUCAUCCAUAUGCACAACGUCCAACUUUUCCUCUUUCAGUUACUCCGAGGUUUGGCCUACUGUCACCGCCGGAAAGUUCUCCAUCGAGACCUCAAGCCCCAAAACCUACUCAUCAACGAGCGAGGAGAACUCAAACUGGCUGACUUUGGUCUGGCCCGGGCCAAGUCGAUCCCGACCAAGACGUACUCAAACGAGGUGGUAACCCUUUGGUACCGCCCACCAGACAUUCUGCUGGGCAGCACCGACUACUCCACACACAUUGACAUGUGGGGUGUAGGGUGUAUCUUGUACGAGAUGACAACAGGUCGGCCGUUGUUUCCUGGUUCCACAGUGGAGGAGGAACUCCACUUCAUCUUCAAGUUGCUGGGAACACCAACUGAAGAGAGCUGGCCAGGAAUCAGUUCCAACGAAGAAUUUGUGGCAACAAAUUAUCCUCAGUACCCCCCGGAGAACCUCGGCGAUCACACGCCCCGGCUCAGCAGCAAUGGUGUUCAGCUGCUGUCAAAGUUCUUGCAGUUUGAAGGAAAGAAACGGACUUCAGCAGCUGAGGCUAUGACUCAUUGCUACUUUAGUAACCUUGGAAACAGAGUGUGCAGACUUCCUGACACGACAUCAAUCUUUUCUCUGCCGGAGAUUCAACUGGAACGAGAAGCAGUAAGAUCAGCAGAUCAAGUAAACAGUCUGAGCAGGAGACGAAGUCUUCUCUUCUGACAUGGUCAGUGAGGCAAAGGUUUGCAUGCAGACGCCAUAGUGAAUGAACGACCAAUCGUGAGACAGGACAUUGUGUCCAUGGCAACAGGUCUUCCAUAUUUCUGAACAUCACUGCUCUGAGGUCAGUUUUAACAUUCUGGUCGCCUCAUUGAUGACAUCUCACGGUGAUGGAGUGAUUAGCCACGGCUGGAGCGAAAGUGUUUGCACAGGAAGUGAUGUAUUCUUCCGGAAGCCAUGUUUUUGCGUGUGACUGUAGAGCAACGUUUGUGUUUAUUACUGUAAAUAAUCACAAUACACUUGUCUGUCCUGUUGAUUAGGGACGCCUUAAAAAGCCCUCUUUGGUCCACUUGUUUUUGUCAUCACGGCAACAAAAACCUUGUCCACACCAGCAGCCACAAAUCUGCCAAAUUGUUGACUUAUCCAACUUCAUUUUCCGAGAGGAUUUAAGCCACCUGACAUAUUGCUAGAAAAAAAAAUUUGCUCAAACUGUGAUUUAAUAUUGAAAAGAUCCUGGAGUAUAUCUGAUGAGCAAAAAUGGUAUCAAAUGAAGGAAUCAAUUUUGAAGAGACCUCUCCUUGUACUGGUUGGUGUGCAAACGUUGGAGUUCUUUCUAUAAUUAAUAUUAUUAUAUUAUUAUUUGUAUAAUUACUGUUCUUGCAUACGAGAACCCUUCAGACAGCCCCUAAAUUUAUCACAACAUGAAAAUCAUAAUUCCAUAUAUUUAUUUAGUUUUUCCAUUCCACCACGUCUUGCCCAAGCACUUGAAAAUGUGUUCCACAACCUUUUCCAAAAAUGAAAUUAACGAUGCACGCUCUCCAAUUGCGUGUAGAAAAGUAAUAAUUGAGACUGAAUACAAUUCUACCUCGUUCCCAGGGAUCUUAAGAAAAGCCCCCUGAAAAGAUUGAUUAGGUUGUUUCAUUUCUCACUCAAUUGGUAGGCAGGCACACAACAAUUUAGAUACAAAAGAUGAAAAUAUCCCUUUUGACAUAAUAUGUCCCAUGUAAAACAUUGAAGAUCCCACGUGGCUGCGGUGUGAACAGGUUUUCAUUUCGAGUUGGCCAGCUCUCCGUUCAAGCUUCUAGAACAGGGCUGGGCAAAUUUGUUUUGUGUUCAAGGGAAAAGUGUCAAUGUAUGUGAAAUAGAUUAUUUUAAUAAGAAAAUACCCAUUCAUUUUUUUUUCAAUUUAUUAUUCAUGCAUCAUUUCAUUCUAUUGAAUUAUUUAAUGGAAUUUAAAAAAAUGUAUGUACAAUUAACAAAUAUUUUGUCAGCAAUAACCAUAUAAUAUAACUGAGAUUUAAAAACAAGAAUACAUAGAUUUUAGAAAGACUUCAAUGUGUAAAACAAAUAUUUUUGGACUCUUGAAUCAUAUAAAUGUUGGGUAGGCCAAGAUGAAGAACUAUUGGUGCUGUAUAUAUUUUGCCCAUUCCUGUUCCAGAUUCUUAAUAGGGCGUCCCUAUUCAACAGAUUCAGAUACAUUUGACGCAACAGUGUGACGACAUCACACGUCUCCGAUUGGUCGGCGUCGGCAAGUCGACUCUGUCUCUGUCUCACAAACGGUCCAAUCAGCUCGCAGAAUGUCCAAUACUAACACUAGAUUGCUGUGUUUGUUUGUAUUUUUCUGAUGAUGAUUAUUUAUAUGGACUUGUAGCUCCAGGAAAUGGGACUGUGUUUAAUUGGUGCUGAUCAGAAGGAAUACUUUUGCUCAUGCUGAAAAAGAUUUGACUUCACACAAAAUGUGAAUGCAACAUGGGCUGAGCCAACUUGAUCAUGUGACUGUUGAAUGUAGUAUUGUUGGCUGAGUUUACAUUUUCAUUUGUUAUUGAGAAAGGCAGAGAAAACAGAAUUGUUGGCAAACUUUUUUUCAUUUGCACAAAAAGGGAAACCUAUUAUUUUGCAGUCUCCUGUCAUGUUUUACUCCUGUCGAGUAUUUUUUAUUUGUAUUUAAUGUUUUCGGAUUCGAUUCUGUUUUCUCUGCAUCUUCUGUAAAUGACACCAAAGCUCUCUGCAAUAUAGCGCAAUGCAUGAUGGGACUCGUCAUCGUUCUUCCAGUGUCUUCUCCUCGUGUUGUACUCGCAAUAUAUUUACACCACCAAAUAUUAAAAGUUUUUAUUUAUUCUCAA